CGCAGGCGCAGUACGCGGACAGAGGGGCCACGCAUGCGUGUUGCGGUACGGCGGGGGUGACGUGGCAGUGGCUGAGGCGGGCUCGGCUCUGCUGGCCUCCUCAGCGCGGACUCAAGAUGUUGACGCUCGGCGAGUGUUCGGUCCUGUUCGGCCUCCUCACUUACCUGUGCGGCGCCUCCGCGUACUUCGUCAGCAUCGAUGCGCACGCCGAGGAGUGCUUCUUCGAGAAGGUCACGUCGGGCACCAAGAUGGGCUUGAUCUUCGAGGUGGCCGAGGGCGGCUUCCUGGACAUCGAUGUGGAGAUUACGGGACCUGAUGGCAAAAAUAUUUACAAGGGGGACCGUGAGUCCAGUGGGAAGUACACUUUUGCUGCGCACAUGGACGGGACGUAUAAAUUCUGUUUCAGUAACAGAAUGUCUACCAUGACCCCCAAAAUAGUCAUGUUCACGAUUGACAUUGGAGAGGCACCGAAAGGACACGACAUGGAAACGGAAGGUGAUGGGAAUACUUGGGAUGCUCACCAGAACAAGUUGGAAGAAAUGAUCAAUGAGCUGGCUGUGGCCAUGACGGCGGUGAAGCACGAGCAGGAGUACAUGGAAGUGCGCGAGCGGAUUCACAGAGCAAUCAACGACAACACAAACAGCAGAGUGGUGCUCUGGUCAUUCUUCGAAGCUCUGGUACUAGUUGCUAUGACGCUUGGACAGAUCUACUAUCUGAAGAGAUUUUUUGAAGUCCGAAGGGUGGUCUAACCACGUGCAGACAUUCAGCAUGGAAGAAACAGUUUGAAAAGUAUCUGGUCACAACCGCUUUUAUUACGUUGUCACUUGACUGAAACCCUUUUGCGCACUGUUAAUGAUCUUUUACUGCUGUUUAUAUUAACACCCUUUGAAGUAUGUUGGGAGUCUGUGGGUUUAACAGAAUUUUGUAGAGGCCAGGAGUUACAUUGUAGGAGACUUUUGAUGCUCCAAUCAAUUCAGAUCCUGAAAAAUCAAAACAAAUUCCUUCUAAGUACGCUUUAAUUUGCUUCGCUGGAAUUGGUAACAUUACUGAUGGGCUUAAAAAGCAAAGGCAUUAGGUACAUGAGUUACUGAUUGAGAUGUGACUAGUGUGCGUACACCUUAAAACUCAUUCAGUUUUCUACAAUUUAUUUUCAGUUACAGUUUAUCAUCUUGUUUCGAGGACAUAGUUUUACAUUUGACAGCAAUCUAGGGGCAGCACUGUCAAAUUGCUUCACAGUGCCACAACUGUACAGAAAAUCUUUACUCUAGAUCAGUUUAUACCUUAGAAAAGAUCGUAAAUCCCUUUUACUGUUUUGGAAAUCAUUUUUGUGUAAGUUUCCUUUUGGAAGAUUAUUGGUCCUUGUAAAGUGGUUGUAUAUUUGACGCUCUCUGGAAAUUUACAGUUGGUUCAGUAGCUGAACUGUAGGUUUUUUUGUAUACUGUACAGCCACUUCAAUCAUGUCUCUUGUAGUCUUUCUUUGUCAUUUCAUUCUGUUUUUCACCACUGAAACCAAAUUUGCUGCUGGGAGUAUGAGGUUAUGAGUGUAGAUUAUAAACAUCCACUUUAAUUGCUUUGCGGUAAUUGGAAACAUUGGGUUAAAUUGGAAACACAGGAAAACAUUAGGAAUAUGAGCUACUGUGACUAUAGAAUGAAUAAGUUUAAUAUGCUUGGUCUUUUGAAACAUCUCUUCAACAAUUUUCUGCAAGUUAUUUCAGGUUAAAGGUUUACCUUUUUGUUUUUGACGUCGCGGUUUAACUUUCUCUCAGUAAGCUAAGACAACCCAAUCCACCACCUGGACAGUUCACUGUCGGGCUUACUUACAUUAACUAAAGAGAAUGUUACCAGAUUCCAGAAGUGUUGCAAUUUAACAUGAUCACUGGUGGGUUGUACAGUGACCCGAUUCCAUUGAUGACCUCUGACCUAGCAGACAGAUUGUCCGACUUUGGUUGUGAUAUGCACUGUUUGUUUUGCUGUCUUGUUUCGCUGUUCGGAAUAAUUGGCUGGGGUUCUCCCUGCCCUCUUCAUUAACUGUACUCCUUGCCCAGCUAUGAUGAAAUUCCCCAGAGCAGUGAAGAGAUUUUGGGGAAGGGUAACAUUUAUAACAAUAAAAUGCUAUAACAGUGGCACAGAUAUUAAAAUAUUUCAUGCUAGAGUUUUCAGUGGAAUAUUACUAUCUAAAUUGCCAGUCAGAGCUGUUCAUGUUCAGUCUUGGCACGUCUGCACAUCCUCUGUGACUGGGUACGUUACUGUACAAAUGGACCCUGUCUGUGCAGCCUUAUUUUGUCCAGGAUACUUGGGCAAUACCUUGGAAUUGGACUGGAUUUUCUGCCUAUGAAGACUUAUGAUUGAAAAUGCUUGUGAGAUUGUGAAACUUUCAAAAGAUCGGGUUUAUAAAACUUAAUCUUAAAGGAAAUGCUGCUGUGUCUGCUAAUUCUUUUCCAGUGUCUUUUAACUCACUGAUGUGACUGAUGUAAAUUAAAGUUUGAAUGUCUCCAAUGAAAUAGCCACAUGCUAAUGUAUAGUUAAUACUACAUUUGCUUUUAAACCUCCAGGGGAGGCUGUGGAGUUUUCGGUGUUUGUUUUCUGUUCUUUGUGAAUGUGAGGGACUUGUACUUGUUUGGUUUCUAGAUUCCAAUCUAUAUAAAAGUACUUGGUAAAUCUUGUGGCCAUGUUCUUUGACGAUUUACAGUGUUCAUUAUCAGGUAUCCGUUUGUAUGAGCCAAAUGUAAUUUUUAAGAACAAAGAGGCAGGCCUGCUUUAAAUACUGACAGGGCAGACAUCUAGUCCCGUCCUUCACCCUUCCGCUGAGCGACUCUAGACUCAUGCAUGAUUUAAAUCAAUAUUAACAUGUUUGCUGAAAGUGUUUUAAUUUAUCAGUGGUAUCAUUGGAUUGAUAACCUGAUUAAACAGUCGGCAACUCGGUAGCACUUUCCCAGUGUUUCAUUGGUUAGCUCUAUCUCAGAGUGCGAAGAAUGAGGCGACAAAUACAGAAAAAUGACACUAAAAUGGUGAGGGGCUACACACCAAAGGGAGGUUUUGGUCUUGAUAAGAAGUUUCAGAUGUUCACUGCCAUCUCUGUAGAUCGGGGUCUUCAGACCCUUUGGUUGAUGGUUGGAGUCCAUGGCGGAAGAGACCAUGAUUGAUGCAGUAAGCGAAUUGGUUAGUGCAAUUGUAGUUAAUAGUAGAGUCCGUGGUAAGUUUGUAUGAUCGGCUCCACAAAGUUCCUGUGAUGCGGCAGUUUGAAGCUCUCUCACAGUCAUUGGCUUAUAAUGGCCGCAUGACUGAAUUGAAUUUCGUCCUCUAUGUUGUUGAUUUCCACAAAGUGCACAAGCCUGCCUUUUUGAUUUGUUUUAAAGGUCCAACCAAGAUGGCAAAACAUCGUCCAUUUCCCUUGUUUCACCAGAAUUAUCUGGGCUACAGCUGUUUCAGAAUUUGAUUUUCAGGCCCUCUUUCCAACAAUCUUUGUAGCAGACAGAAGCAAGCAGCAUUUAAUACCGGAAAGAGUUUCUGCUGUGUAACUUGUCAGUGCCAGUAUCUGAGGUCAGUGAUGGAACUCCAUUUGCCUCUGCCAUUGAGAUGCAUGUAAUCAGAGUCAGCUUCUUGAGAAUCUGUGGCUGCUCACAUUUGAUUACCCAAACAACAUAUUGUUCAGUGUCAAUGUAGUCUGAAUGUUUGAUGGUUCGUUUGGGAAACACUAUUGCAGCUUGAGGUAGUCUGGAGUUCAGAGUUCAAUUCUGGCACUGUUCUCUGUACGUCCUCUGUGCAAUGUGUGGGGUUUCCUCCCACAGUCCAAAGACGUACUGAGUAGGUUAAUCGGUCAUUGUAAAUUGCCCCUGAUUAGGUUAGGGUUAAAUUGGGGACAGUGCAAAAUAAAUGGGAAAUGGCUAAUAAACCGUUUUCCUUAUAACAUUUUAUUUAAUCUCUGUCCUGACACAUUGAUUCGUACCAACCACAAGCCUGGUUGUCUGUCUGAAUAAUCCUACUACUCCUUGUAGGACAAGCAUAUACCAUUAAUUCACAUGGUGUAGUGUGAAGGAAAGAUAUGCAUUUAUGCAGUACCAUCCACCUUCUGCCCCAACGUACACAGCUAAUGAAAUCACUUAAAUGUUAGAGAUGCAGCAACUGGAUUAUGUUCUGUGGCUCCAGAGAUGGCAGCGUCACCAUGGCUAUACGACCAGCUUUCUGACAUUGGUUAAAAGAGUAAAUAUUCCUGUAGCAUGAGGUAGAGUGCUCUUGGCUUAGAAUGAGAGAUUGCUGGGGAUUUUAUAGAAUUGUGUGAAGUUGCUGGAGAGACUUGCCUGACCACUGAACCAAGUUGAUCUGUAGUUCAGGGAUUGAAGCUAACAGUGUGUGCUGUUUGCUUGUUAUUGAAGCAUUGACUUGUGGAUCACCGUGUAAUGUCUGAAAAUUUAAAUGCAGAUGCAUGUUUAACCCUUGCAAGCAGCAAAUGUAUAUGCAAGAGCAGGGGUUCCCAACCUUUUUUAUGCUGUGGACCAAUACCAUUAAGCAAGGGGUCUGUGGACCCCAGGUUGGGAACCCCUGUGCUGGAGGGUUACCUUCUGAAACCUGUGUUUAAAACAAAAUACCUGUUGAAAUUUAGCCCACUGAGACAUUUAUCCAAUGCAUCUCAGUUUACUGUUUCCCUUCUAUACGACUGGGAUCCUUUUUACAGAUCAGGUUUUGUACAGCUGAAAUGAAGCAGACCUGGACCAGUUACUUUUUUGUAAUAAAAACUGGAAUUUAAAACAAAUAUCUAGAUAAUUUCUUGAUUUUACUUACUUGCAAUUGUCUACAAUAGUUUCAUGCUAUUCAAUCUUUCUUCCAUCUUUAUUUCACUCUGGUUCUUAUGGUGCUUCAGUCAGAGCUCCCACAACGUCAGCCUGUGCUGGAUGUUGUAGGAAGUUUCUGCCCACUAUGUUUCCAAAGGGCUGUAUUUAAGUGUUGACUCAAAUGUGCCUUCCAAUUUUGGUUAUUUUUUUGUUUAAUAAUAAACAGAAGAAGUUCUGCAGAUGUUGGAAAUUCAGAGUAACACACAAAAUACCGAAGGAACUCAGCAGGUCUGGCAGCAUCCAUGGAAAUGACGUUCGACGUUUCGGGCUGAGACUCUUUGUCAGGACUGGA